UGCUAAAAAAUACACAUGAUUGAUCAAAGAUCAGCACAUAGACAAGCCCUGAAAGGGAUGUCCAUAGCUGUCCAAGAGGCUAUCUCAUUCAUGGUGCUAGCUGAAACUGCAACUACUUUGGUUGGUAUCUCCACCUUUCUGAUGGAUCACUUGUCACUGCCAACACACACACAUUUAAUCAAGCAUCAACACACAAACAUGCACUGAAUGGAUUCCUAUUGUCCAUGUUUGAAAGAGAAGUCAGCUAAUUCAUCAUGGUGUAAAGUGAAACUGUAAUUACUGUCUGAGAUAUGUGUGAUCAUCUGGUUAAGACCACAAAGUGCACACGAUGCACCAAGCUGAGCACAUAAACCAAGUCCUAAAGUGGAGACAUCCAUUGUUCGAACACUAAAGUGAGUGUGUAGCAGUGCUUUGAGAUACCAACCUGCUUGCACACUUCAUGUGGAUUCUCUCCUCUCCACGGUUGCAUUUCCAUCUGUACCAUCCGACACUUGGCAUUUGCGCCUUGAGUUCAUACGGCCAUGGGCUCUCUCCGCUUUCCCUUCUCUUUGCCUCAGCCACCGAAGCCACCGCAGAGGCCUGCGCUUCGCCAAGCCAUGGCGGCCGCGGCUGUCGGUGCCGGAGUGGGCCUGGCCAUCUCCAUCGCUCUCGAACCGGGUGCACGCGCGUCGGGGAGAGGCCGGAAGGCGGGCAGCGAAGCGUCCCCCGUCUGGGCCACACUCUCCCUCGUCGAGACCCUGCCGCCGACGACCAUCGUGGAACCGAGGAGCGGCACCAAGUUCCCCUCCGUUGUGGACGACGGCCGCCGCCUCUUGGGCAUCGGAGUGCGGUAUUGGAAGCGUCCGAAGCGCAAGAACAACAUCUCCUAUGCAUAUGGUGUGUAUGCCGAUGAGAGUGAUGUAAAAAGAUUGAGGAAGAAAUAUGGUACAUUUUCGGUCUCUGAACUGAAAGGAAAUAAGGAGUUAAUUGAUGAUGUCCUGGAUCAGGAUUUGCGCAUGACAAUUAGGCUUCAAAUAGUGAACCGCAUGCUAAGCACACGCUAUCUGCAUGAAACAUUUGCAAAGGUUGUUGAGAACGAGCUCCAAAAAUAUGGUGGAUCAAAGUCAUCGAACAAUAAAGAAUUGCUUCAAAGGUUUAAUUCUAUAUUUAUGGAUGAACAUAAGCUCUUAGGAAAUUCUAUCUUUGAUCUUUCGAGGGAACGUGGUUAUAUUCUUCGAAUAAGAAUUAAUGGAAAGGAAAUGGGGAAAAUCGAGAGCAAUCGCAUAUGUAAGCCUCUCUUGGAUUUGUAUGUUGGCAAGAAUGCAUAUGACAAACAAGCUCUACAAGAUAUUCAAUCUACUUUGGCUUCCAUUCUCCAGGAGAGAUCUGAUUGAUGACUUCAUGUUUCAUCUAUCAAACAUCAAACAUUGACUGGCAUUAACAUCUCCAAUAGAAGUUGUCUAUAGUUUUUUUUGUAUCAGAAACAAUUUACCUCUUUCCUGUCAUAGUCUUUGGUCAUUGUAAAUUUGAAGUACUAAAGCAUCCUCUCUUUUUUUCUUGGCACCAUUUCAGCAAAUUGUUCUACUUGUAAGAGACAUGGAAACUAAAUUUUUAUAUUCUGACAAACA